AUGGCAAGUCCAGACUGGGGAUAUGAUGGCAAAAAUGGUCCUGAACAAUGGGGCAAGCUGUACCCCAUUGCUAAUGGAAAUAACCAGUUCCCGAUUGAUAUUAAAACCAGCGAAGCCAAACAUGACACCUUUCUGAAACCUGUCUCCUACAAACCAGCCACAGCCAAAGAAAUUAUCAAUGUGGGACAUUCCUUCCAUGUAAAUUUUGAAGACAACGAUAACCAAUUAGUGGUGAAAGGUGGUCCUCUCUCUAACAGCUAUAGGCUCCACCAGUUACAUUUUCACAGGGACAGUUAAAAUGAGUAUGGUUCAGAACACACGGUGGAUGGAUUCAAAUAUUCUGGUGAGCUUCACAUAGUUCACUGGAAUCCUGAAAAGUACUCCAGCCUUGCUGAAGCUAUCUCAGAGGCUGAUGCUUUGGCAGUUAUUGGUGUUUUGCUGAAGGUUGGUGAGGCAAACCCAAAGCUGCAGAAAGUACUUGAUGCCCUCCAUGCAAUUAAAACCAAGGGCAAACAAGCCCCAUUCACAAAUUUUGACCCAUCUACUCUUCCUUCAUCCCUGAAUUUCUGGACCUACUCUGGCUCUCUGACACAUCCUCCUCUUUAUGAGAGUGUAACCUGGAUCAUCUGUAAAGAGAGCAUCAGUGUCAGCUCAGAACAGCUGGCACAAUUCCGUGCUCUUCUAUCAAAUGUUGAAGGAGAUAACCCUGUCCCCAUUCAGCACAACUACCCAACCCAACCUGUGAAGGGCAGAACAGUGAGAGCUUCAUUCUGAUGAGUCAGAGAAAAAACUUGUCCUUCCUCAAGAACACAGCCCUGCUUCUGACAUAAUCCAGUAAAAUAAUAAUUUUUUAAGAAAUAAAUUUAUUUCCAUAUUAGCAAGGCAGCAUGCCUUCAAAUCAAUCUAUAAAACUAAAAAACUUAAGUUUUAAUUCUUACUGCUUAAUUCAAAUAAUAAUCAGUAAGCUAGAAAAUAGUAAUCUGUAAGCAUAAGCUUAUGCUUAAAUUCAAGUUUAGUUUGUGGAAUUCUUUAAAAUUACAACUAAGCGAUUUGUAUGUCUUUUUUUUUUUCAGUUGAUUUGAACCAAUAAAAUAAUUUUAUCUUUUUC